AUGGAACAGACGGAGAGGGCCUUUCAAAAGCAACCGACUGUUUUCUUGAACAGGAAAAAGACCUUGCCGAAACGGAAAAAGGGUCUUCGUUACGUCAAGAGCGUUGGCUUGGGGUUCAAGACGCCCCGUGAUGCGAUCGACGGCAACUACAUCGACAAAAAGUGUCCUUUCACGGGAAAUGUGUCGAUUCGUGGUCGAAUUCUGACAGGUACGGUCAUGAAGCUGAAGAUGCAGCGGACAAUCGUGAUCCGUCGUGAUUACUUGCACUACAUUCGCAAGUACAAGCGUUUCGAGAAGCGUCAUCGUAACAUGUCGGUGCACUUGUCCCCGUGCUUCCGCGAUGUUCACAUCGGAGACAUUGUGACUGUGGGCGAGUGCCGACCGUUGGCGAAAACCGUGCGUUUCAAUGUGUUGAAGACUCCGGUGUAUCGCUAUUUCUGUACUGUAUUCAGUGGGAAGAUGGAAAAAGAGGAAAUGGUGUCCCGGCCGUACGGGAAGAUCGUGUUGUCUCUGGACAAUGUUCUUUUGCCGCCAGAAAAGACGGCAUCUAGUCCCAGUUACGAGGAUGGGUUGGAUGAGAAGUCUGAGUUUGAACUUCGGUUUGUUGCUUGCGAACUAAUUCAAACCGCCGGAAUCUUGUUGAAAGUGCCACAGGUUGCUAUGGCAUCGGGUCAGGUGUUGUUCCAGAGAUUUUAUUAUUCCAAGUCACUGGUACGUCUUCCAAUGGAACAUACCGCAAUGGCAGCUCUUUGCUUAGCAUCGAAAAUUGAAGAGGCACCGCGACGUAUUAGAGAUAUCAUCAACGUGUUUCAUCAUAUACGACAAGUUCGUGCUAGAAAGAAAGUAAGUCCGUUGGUUCUAGACACAAAUUACAUAGCUUUGAAGAACCAAGUGAUAAAGGCGGAACGGAGAAUAUUGAAGGAGUUGGGAUUUUGCGUCCACGUGCAGCACCCGCAUAAGCUCAUCGUGACUUACCUGAAUUUGCUGGGCUCGCAGAAGAACACGCGACUGAUGCAACACGCUUGGAAUUACAUGAAUGACUCUUUGCGGAGCGACGUUUUUGUUCGGUUUACACCGAAUGCGAUAGCGUGUGCGUGCAUUGCGCUGGCUGCGAGGAGGGAAGGUGUUCCUUUACCCAAGAACCCAAGGCCGUGGUUUGAAUUGUUCGACGUUACUACCUCGGAUGUACACGAUAUUAGCGUGUCGCUGCUCAAGUUGUACCGGAUUGAAAAACCUGAUCUCGAAAAACUAGAACGUAAAGUGGCCGAUCUGGACAAAACCUUGAAGGAUGCGAAGCUGAAGGCGCGUUUGGUAGCUGGCGGCACUCUGAGUGCCGGCAACACUCCCUUGGGAGCCGGAGUCAGCGGCACCCUCAGCCCACAAUUGGACUUCUCCAAUAACGCGUCUCCGUCUACAGCCAACAAAGAAAACCGAGCUUCCUCAGUGACCGUAGUCAACCUCUUUGACGACGCGAAACGUCGGAAAGAAGAACCCGUUGCGAACGGAGUCGAAGAAGGAAAGCGACGGUCUCGGAGCAGAACCCGGAGUCCCUCGCGCAAGCGGCGCCGUCGGAGCUCUUCUGACAAGCGUCACAAGAAUCAAAAUGGUGGCCGAGACUCUUCGGCGUCGUCUUUUACUUCCGGCUCAAGUUCGGAAGGUGACGACUCGCCUCGUGGUGGCAAGAAGAAGACCGACGGUGGGCGUCGGAACCGCAGGAAAGAGAAGCGAAGGCAUCGAUCGCGUCACCGACAUCAUCGCCGGGACCAUGUGCGGAGUCGGCGACGAGUCAAGAAGGGGAAAGGGCGGUCGCCGAGUGUGUCGCCGAGACGAAGCAGGGAUGAUAAAAGAGGAAGAAGUAAGGCUGAGAAACGUGCCAAGUGAUGCCAGUGAUUUUACUUAUCGCGUCGAAAGCGUUUUACACCAGUGUUUUUGCAUUGCCCUUUUUGUUUCUCUCGAUGCAUAUGUUGACGCUCUUGACGACGCUAUAAGAGGUCGAGAGAGAAAAGGUUGUCGAUUUUGCAUCUUACUUUUGAAAUACCUCGUUUACCCGGAAGUGAAACGGGUCGUCCAAUAAUUUGAAUUCUAAAAGUUGACCGCGUGUGUUAGGGCAUGCUAAUUGAUACUGUAUCACCUUUUUUAUAAGCUGUACGGGUGAAAGGUUGAUGUGUUAAUUUAAUGUGCGCAACGUGGCCGUCACCAACUAUGAACGGUAGGAACUUGAUUUCUUCUCGCACCAAAAAUUAUAAUGUUAAUAUCAAAGGUUUCUACAGUGAUAAUUGACUUAUAUGACACUUAAAUAUACUGUAUAAAAAUUGGAGAAACGCUUAUCUUAAUCAUUUUAUUUGAUAAUAAUCUUACGGAUAUUUUUUGCUCCUUACUUUGAAGGAAACGUGAUACAGUUUCUUCGGUGAUGUUUGUGUUGACCAUGGCUCAUGAGAAUCUUUUCAUGAAAUGAAAGCUGGAAGGUUACUGCUUGAAAUAGGAAGAAUUGAAAAUGUGAAUGGGAUUAUAUUUUCUCGUUGUGCGAAUUUUUGAGGGUUGAACUUGAGCUAUAUGCUUGAACUGGCGUUUUUGAAUACAUUCUUGGGAUUUUGCAUCGAACAUA